CGGGCGCACUCGCCGGUCGCAGUGAAAAGGCGGAGGCGGCGGCCGCUCCGGCUCGGCUCCGGUUCCCAGCGUCUCCCCCGCUGCACCCCCCCUCCCCACUGCCUCCUGCACCCGCCAAACUUGAUGUGACCCCAGCCGGACGCGGCAGCUACCCCUUUCACCGCCCCGCGCGUCCCGCACCGCCACCCCACCCCGCACCCCCAGAGCGCACCGCUCACCGCGCCCCUUCCCACCUCCCCGCCGGGGCCGGGUGCCGCGCUCGCCCUCAGCGUUCCCUUCCCCUCGACCUCCCCACCCACUCCCCUCCCCCGCACCAUGAGCAACCUGAAGCCGGACGGCGAGCACGGCACGGGCACGGGCACCGGCACGGGCUCCGGCAGCGCCCUAGAGGAGGAGGUCCGGACGCUGUUCGUCAGUGGCCUCCCCGUGGACAUUAAACCCAGAGAACUCUACCUGCUUUUCCGGCCAUUCAAGGGGUAUGAAGGGUCCCUGAUCAAGCUCACGUCAAGACAGCCUGUUGGUUUUGUGAUCUUUGACAGCCGGGAAGGAGCAGAAGCGGCCAAGAAUGCAUUGAACGGUAUUCGCUUCGAUCCUGAGAACCCGCAGACGCUGAGGCUGGAGUUUGCCAAAGCCAACACCAAGAUGGCUAAGAGCAAGCUCAUGGCAACACCAAAUCCCACCAGCAUUCACCCUGCGCUGGGAGCCCAUUUCAUUGCCCGGGACCCCUAUGACCUGAUGGGGGCUGCUCUGAUUCCCGCCUCCCCAGAGACCUGGGCCCCCUACCCCCUCUACACCACAGAGCUGACCCCAGCCAUCUCCCAUGCUGCAUUCACCUACCCAGCUGCCACCGCUGCCGCCGCCGCCGCCCUCCAUGCUCAGGUGCGCUGGUACCCUUCCUCGGACUCCUCCCAGCAAGGAUGGAAAUAUCGUCAGUUCUGUUAGUUCCUCAGUCUCGUCACCGCAGCUUGAAGCCCCUGCCCCACUGGGGGUUGGGGGACUCUCGGGAGUCUGUUCUGGCAUCUGGAGCUCCCCCUGCCCCCAGGCGGCCUGUGGAGAGCCGCUGCUUCCUUCCAAAGACUGUGAAUUUUAAGCCUGACUCAGUGGACUGCUUCCUGUCCCCUUGCCCUCCUCUUCCUCAGCCCCACCCGCCCCGCAGCCUUUCCCUGAGGCCUCCCGGGAGGAUACAGGGGCCUCGGGGCUCAACCUCCCAUCCAAACUCAGUUCUGUAGCUCCACCUCAAGGAAAUUAGGCAUUUAAUUUCGCAUGUUUUCUGGCAUGAAUUAAGACACAAACAUAUAUAUGUGAGUGUACAGUUUGUUCUCACAUUGGUGUCACUAUAGCAACAGGUCCUGGCCACAAAUGGUUCCUCAUUCCUGGCCCCUCACCCCAACCCCCAGCCUCCGCGACACCCUCUCAGCUCGGCCUGGUCCCCCACCCCACACACGCUUGCAGGCUGGACAGCACCAAGAACCCACCAAAUACAGCAGGUUAACUUUUCCAUUUCAAACCAGGGUCCUCCACCUCCUCCUCAGAUGGGCCAACAAUUCUGAGAUUACUUCUCUCUGCCCUCUUUGCUUACCUCCCCACAGCACCCCCGCCCCAGCCACUGGUCCACAUUCUUUCCAAGCUUCCAAAACCAACCAAAAAGUGAAAGUAUUUUUGUACCCCGUGUAACAAAAUAUUUAUGCAUCAUAAAGGAUUUUUCGUGUGUGUGCAAUUAAUUAUUAAAGAGACCUUGUUUGCUCUGUCAGAUAAGUUUAAGGUUUAGUUUGAGGCAUGAAGAAGAAAAGGGUUUCUAUUCUUCAGCAAUAAGCCUUUUUGUCAGGUGUUAGUUUAAGAAAAAUGAAAUGAAGGAAAAACUGUGCAAUGUUACUUUGUUUUGUGAGCAUAUCAGUGCUUUACCUUUAGCAGCAGCUGUGGCUGUCUUGCUGUUCUCGGACUGGGGAGACUAGGUGGCUGUUGUAAUCGCUGGUCCUGUAAGAAUGUGAAACUGGAUAAUAUGAAUGCAAAAUAAAAAAAAAAUCAUCUGAA